AAGGGUAGGCUUACUCUGGUGAUUGAAACCCCAAUGCGUUGAGGACCUUUACCCUUAUUGAUCAGCCUUUACCGAUUCUUUUCCUGCACCUUGCAUAUCACCGGUCAUCUCUUCUUGAUGAUAAUCUGGUAUUGCGUUCAGAAAUAUCUGCUUCUUUUGCGGUAAUGUGAGUAGAAUUGUGUAGCUACAUACAUCAGCCAUGGAUUCUCCUUUCUUUGAGGAUUUGCUUCUUGUCACUUUAGAGCAAUCCAAUCUUCACACUGGACGGUUAGGGUAAGGCCCAUUUGGAAAUCUGUGCCAUCAGAGAUUGAAUGGCGGCUUGGGGGAAGUUGAUUGCCCUCCUGGUUGGAACUCUGUGUUUGUUAGGGUGGAGCGUUACUAUAUCUUGGAUCCAUCAAAGUGCAGUAAGUUGAGAAUGGAGGAGAAGCGGGAACUUGUUUACAAACUAUCAAACAUGCCAACCUUUUCUCCUGAAAUGCUACAAUCUUGGAGUCGUCAAGAUAUCUUGGAGAUACUCUGUGCAGAAAUGGGAAAAGAAAGGAAAUAUACUGGCCUCACAAAGUUAAAAAUCAUAGAGAGCCUUAUAAAGAUUGUCGCCGAGAAGAAGAGGAAGAAUUUGCCCCUAGAAAAUGGAAUUUCUAGCAGUAGUAAUUCAGAAAAGAACCAGGGGAGUUUUAAAAGGCAGAGAAAACCCGAUCUCUUCCAUGAUGCUACAAGUAAUGUUUUCAGUGACUUGGGGGUUAAUGAUGUCAUACACUGCAAAAAUCUGGCUUGCCGAGCUAGAUUAAAGAGUGAAGACUCAUUCUGUAAGAGGUGUUCAUGUUGUGUUUGCCAGGAAUAUGACGAUAACAAGGAUCCUAGCUUGUGGUUAUUUUGCAAUUCAGACCCGCCUUUCGAGCAUUGGGGGGAGUCUUGUGGGAUGUCAUGCCACCUUGAGUGUGCUAUUAGACAUGAAAGAUCUGGAAUUGUUUUCAAUGAUAAACAAGACAGAGGAGGAGGGAUCAAUGGAAGCUUUAAUUGUGUGUCUUGUGGAAAAACUAAUGAUCUUCUCGGUUCUUUGAGAAAACAACUGGUGACAGCAAGAGAUACCAGACGGGUAGACAUAUUGUGCUAUAGGAUUUCUCUAAGCCAAAGAAUUCUCGGGGAGGCCAAAAGAUGUAAUGAGCUAUGCACUGUUAUGGAUGAAGCAGUAAAAAGGCUUGAGGAAGAACUGGGCCCUUUAUCCGGUUCUCCAGUGAAGACCGCAAGGGGCAUCGUGAACCGGCUUUCUUCUGGUCCAGAGGUUCAGAGACUUUGUGGUUUGGCAGUUGAAUAUUUGGAUUCUGUGCUCUCAAAGAGAGUACUCAAAGUUCCAGCUGGUCCUACUAUGCAAGAUUCUAAUUGGACGGCUUCAAAGCUAAUCAGAUUGGAAGACGUUUCUGCCACAUUUGUCACCGUCAUCCUUACCUGUGAAGAGUCAAGGUUAGGAAACACUGUUGGUUACACUAUGUGGCACCGCAAAGCAGAUGACUCAGACUAUCCCGUGGAUCCGACGUGCACAUUGCUGGGACCAACGACCAGGUUUGUAAUGUCUGGGCUGAUUCCCAACACGGAGUAUCUUCUGAAAUUGGUCUUCCCUGCAGACAGUAAAAGAGACUUGGGAAUAUGUGAGCUUCGGUUUCGGACAAGAGAAGAAGCAGCAGCGUCAGUAAAUGAUGUUCCGAACCUGAAUACUCAGAAUUCGGAAGAAGCCCAUGUAAGAAGCUCGGACCUGCAAAGAAACAACCCCCCUCAAGGAGACAAUAUUAGUGUUCCUUGUUACACUGAUGAUAGUAAUAAUGAUGGCCACAUCACUUGUAUGGAUGUAUUAUGCUGCAAUGAUGAAGAAAAAAGCGUGGAAGAAACUGCAGCUACCACCCAAAUAGAAGAUGAUGAUGAUGAUGAUGAUGAUGAUGAUGAUGACGACGAUGACGAUGAAGAAGAAGAAGAAGCAACAAGCACCGACAAUGGGGGAUCGAACACGGCCCCCUCGGGGCUGGCCAUUACACCGCCUUACAAGAGGGAGAGUAGAUCCCAACCGGGUGAGUCCAGCAGAAAGGAGGAGGGGAAUGCACAGGUUGGGACAAGCUCCAAGAAGAAGAGAGAGAGAGGGGACGAAAGAGAGGAAGAGUGGGAAGAUGACGUCCUCAGGGAGGGAGACAAGGGUUUCGAGUACUAUGUGAAGGUAAUCAGAUGGUUGGAGUGCAACGGCCGUAUCGGGACGGGAUUUAGGGAGAAGUUCUUGACUUGGUACAGUCUGAGAGCGACCCCUCAAGAGGUCCGCGUCGUGAAGACGUUUGUGGAUACUCUGAUUGAAGAUCCCGAGUCACUGGCCGCUCAAUUGCUCCACAGUUUCUCGGAUCUCGUGUCCAAGUGUAGCAGCAUCAGCAACUCUUCUUCUCUUGUCCCAUCCGGGUUUUGCCUUAGGCUUUGGCAUUGAAAUCGCUCACUGCUGUUGUUAGCCACUCCAUGCGUGCUCACUCUUGCUCUAUGUCGAUUUAGUUAGGAUAUUAUUAUUAUUAUUAUUGUUGUUGUUGUUGUUGUUGUUGUUAUUAAUAUUAUUAUUAUUAUUAUUAUUAUUACAAUUAUUGAUUUGGGUAGUAAUUGGUCACAUAGUCUCUAUUAACUAACUAUUUGAAACAAUAAAUAUCGUUACUCCGCAAUCCGUAUCACUAAUAACUUAACUUCUAUAUCAGUAUCAAUAUUGUUGCUA